UACCUGCCUGAUGGCUGCCACCAACCGGAAAGAAAGAGUCCGCUUUCCCACAAUCCUUUAUGGGCCCUUCCUCUCCCCACAGAAUCCUCUUUCCGGCUCAGGCACUCGGCUACAGCACAGCCUCAUGGGAAUUGUAGUCCUUCCGCCCGGUAUCGUGGCGGCCUCGGAGGGGGCGGGACGGAGGGCGCGGCCUCUCCAAAGGGGAGGAGCAAGGGAUGGCACUGCCUGCUAUAGACGCGCUGCUCAUGCUCUCUUGUUUCCCCUCGGGCCGGAGAACGCUCGGGGCCUCUCCCGCUGGAUCGCGGGGAGCCUAAGCUACGGAUCCCGCCGGGGCGGGAGAGGGGCAGGAGAGCACGCAUUGCGCUGGCGAGAGGGCGCGAGGGCGCGUGCGCGGCUCCCCCUGACAGCUGGGCCCCUCUCUCGGCAGAAUUUGUCAGACAAGAUGGGAAAAGGCUGUAAGGUCGUGGUUUGUGGAGGAGUAUCUGUGGGGAAAACUGCGAUUUUGGAGCAGCUUCUUUAUGGGAAUCACAUUAUUGGUAAGGAAGACAGUGAGACGGUGGAAGAUGUGUACGUGGCCUCGGUGGAAACUGAUCGCGGGGUGAAGGAGCAGCUGCGCCUCUACGACACGCGGGGUCUGCAGGAAGGCGACGAGCUGCCCAAGCACUACUUCUCUUUUGCUGAUGGGUUUGUGCUGGUCUAUGCUAUGAAUGACCUUGAAUCCUUUCGGAGGGUGGAGAUUCUUAAGAAGGACAUAGAUAAGUUCAGAGACAAAAAAGAGGUAGUAAUUGUUGUCUUGGGAAACAAAUCUGAUUUAUCCGAGCAAAGGAAAGUGGAAGCUGACAUGGCCCAGCAAUGGGCAAAGAGCGAGAGAAUGAGGCUGUGGGAGGUGACCGUGACCGAUCGGAAAACGUUGAUUGAACCAUUCAUACUCUUAGCCAGUAAGCUCACUCAGCCUCAGAGCAAAUCAACUUUCCCCCUGCCCGGAAGGAAGAACAAAUCGAAUGCCACUUCUGAGAAUUAGAUGUUGUCACAGUAAAAUGGCAUCUGAGAAAACAACUGGUCUCAUUCUAGACUUUUGUGAAGAGUGAAUGGAUUAAAAAUAAUAAGCUAUUGCCUAGAAUGGCCACCUUUACCCUUAGGAAACAGGUCCAACCAGGUCUCUAAAAGCACUUUAGAUCCUUAAAGUUAGUUAUAGUUUAUAAAGUGGGUCUGGAGGGGAGGAGAGGGUGGGAGGAAGAGGGACUGCCUGCCGUUCUCAUAUAAAAUCAUAUUAUGUUGUAAAUAUAAUUCACAUUCAUUUCAAAGCAGUGUUUUUAAAAAUGAUAGUGCACUUGUGUUAAAAGACUGUGAAAAUAAAAUGUGGAUGGCACAAAUGCAGCCAUGUAGACUUUGGAUUUUCCCCUUUCACUUAAAUAAAGGUGCCUUAAGGUGA